GAGAUAGAACGUUUGAGUAUUGAGGAGAUUACCUCAAAUGUUUACAUAAAUCAUCCGGUUUCGAUGGAGCAGCAUUUAAUGGAGGGAAAUUUUCAGCGAGUGUUCUUAUCAAAAGACAACGUCCCUUCUAAACGGUAUGAUUUCUUUAUCGACAUCCUCCUGAAUACUACCAGGGAUGAAGUGGCGUCCUGCAUUGAAGCUGCUUAUGAGAGCCUAUCAUUGCAAGAAGCAGCCCGUACUUUAUUCUUCGACAACCAACAGUCCAUGUUAACCUACGGGGCGCAGCGCAAUUGGACACUCGACAGCAACAACGUUUAUCACUUCCAAAAGGACACGAAGCAGGAAGAUGAUUCGAUUCCCUCAUCGGAUGUCACAAAAGUCAUGUUAGAGUAUACGAAGGAGCUUGAUCAAAUUAUAUAA